CCCCUCCCCCCACACACAGGUCCCCCUCCCCCACGCAUGGCCCGGCCCCGCCCCCCCCUCGUCUCCCCCGGGCCCCUCUGACCCCCCCGGACAGGUGACCCCACAGGCGUGUUCCAGGCAUGUCCGGGGACUACGAGGAGGACGUUUGCCGCAGCGCUUUGCGCCUGGUGCACGAGCUCUGCUUCGCCCCCCGGGCCCGACCCCCCCACGCCCGGUGCCUCGAGUUCACCGACCUGCUCCGGCACCGCGGCCACCCCCGGCCCGCUGACACAGAGGUGUCCGUGAGCCUCCUGUCUGUCAUCGUCACCUUCUGCGGCCUCGUGCUCCUGGGAGUCUCUCUCUUCGUGUCCUGGAAGCUCUGCUGGGUCCCCUGGCGCCACAAGGGGGGACCUGGGGGGGCCCCCCCCCGCAAGGAGCCCCCCCAGCCCGGGGGGGGCCCUUUUGGGGACCCCCUGCCCGAGAGGGGGGACCCCGAGCCCCCUCCCCCCCCCCACGAGCGCUGUUACCUGGACAUGGGGCCGUGCCCUGAGGGGGGAGGGGGAGGGGGGGGCAGCGGGGGGGGGCGGGCGCUGGGACCCCCCCCCGCGGGGCAGGGACUCCUCCCGGGACCCCCCCAGGGCCCCCCCGAGUUUGGGGGCGAUGGGGGGGUAGGGGGGGGUCUGCCCAGCGCCCCCUCCCAGCAGCUGGUGGGCAGCAGCGCCCCGUUGCCCCCCGUCCCGGAGGACAAGGCCGAGCAGAACCCGACCCACCUUGGCCAGAUCCAGCCUGAGCUCUACGGCCCCGGGGACGCCGCCGAGCCCGGGGGGGCCCGGGGGGGCGCCGGGGGGGGCCCCCCCCCUCCCUGCGGCCGCCUGAGCGUGUCCCUGCGCUAUUCCUACGGCUCCCAGCAGCUCGUGGUCCGCGUGCUCCGCGCCCGGGACCUCCCGGCCAAGGAUUCCAACGGCUUCUCCGACCCCUACGUGAAGAUUUACCUCCUCCCCGACCGCAAGAAGAAGUUCCAGACCAAGGUGCUGAGGAAGACCCUGAACCCAGAGUGGGACGAGACUUUCAGCUUCGGGGUGCCCUUCGCCGAGCUGCCCUCGCGGCGCCUCCACUUCAGCGUCUACGACUUCGACCGCUUCUCCCGGCACGACCUCAUCGGGCAGGUGGUGCUGGAGAACCUGCUGGAGGCGGCCGAGGGGCGGCCCGAGGUGCCCAUCUGGAGGGACAUCCAGGAGGGCACGGGGGAGAAGCCGGACCUGGGCGAGGUGAACUUCUCGCUGUGUUACCUGCCCACGGCCGGGCGGCUCACGGUCACCGUCAUCCGGGCGUCCAACCUGCGCGCCAUGGACCUCACGGGCUACUCAGACCCCUACGUGAAGGCCUCGCUCAUGGCUGAGGGCCGGCGGCUCAAGAAGCGCAAGACGUCCAUCAAGAAGAACACGUUGAACCCGAGCUACAACGAGGCGCUGGUCUUUGACGUCCCCCACGAGAGCGUCAACCACGUCAGCCUCACCAUCGCCGUCGUGGACUACGACUGCAUCGGGCACAACGAGGUGAUCGGGCUGUGCCGGGUGGGCAGCGACGCCGAGGGUCCGGGGCGGGAGCACUGGGCGCAGAUGUUGGCGAACCCCCGCAAGCCCAUCGAGCACUGGCACACGCUCGUCGAGGAAAAGGCUCUGGUGGCCAAAGGGACCUCGCGGGACAAACCGGCCCUGGGGGAGCCCCUGGGCCCCCAGUGAGCCCGCUCCGGGGCCGGAGGGUCCGGCCCGGCCGGGGGGGGCCCUGACACCGAAGCCAUAAAGGGACCCCCGGGACCCCCCCCGGGGCCCCUCCGACCUGCACGACAAGGGGGGGCCCGGCCCCCCCCCACUGUGAACCCCCGAAAUCCAGGUCGGGGGGGGGCCCCGCCCCCCCCACCCCCCCGGCCAGGGGGCGGUCCUGGAUCUGGCCCCUCCCCCCCAUGUGUUUGUGUGUGGGAGGGGCCCAAAAAGAAGGUACCUGGGACCCCCCCCAACCCCCUUUGUGUGUUAUGGGGGGGCCCCAAAAACGACCUUUGGGGGUCCAACUCCCCCUUUGUGUUAUGGGGGGGCCCCAAAAAAAGGGACCUGGGGAC